AUGGCUUUCAAUCUGAGCCUCGGGUCCCUAGCCCUGUUGAUGGUAUUGCUACAAACUGUAUCGGCUCAGUUCUGCUCGUUCUGGAAUAAUGGAUGCAUCGACUCGCUCGCUCAAACUGCAAUUCGCUUCGACCUCAAACCUCUCUUCCCGGACCCCGUCACGCUCUACUACGGCUUCGAUGCCAGUUCCUCCGGCAAGGGCCAAGGGCCCAUGACCAAGACAGCGUUUUGGCUGGGAUAUCAAAAUAAAAAUAUCAACGUGAAUGCUGUCGACUCGAAUCGCACCUCGGAAAUCGGUCUCAGGAUAGGCAAUUUGACCGGUACCCCUUCCGGGGCGAACAAUGGAUGCGAUGGGAUUUGGGGGGAUAAAUGUUCCCGUGAUCUUAAGAGUGCCCUACAGAAUGGGAUGUAUCGUCUUGCUGUGUCGGGCGAGUACUAUUCCAAGCCUCUUGAGGUCGUUCUCAACAAGAUGUUGACCAAGCCGCCCCCACUUCCUGAGUGCCCGCCGCCCACUCUUGACGUCGCGGCUAUUCCAGUCCAAGAUUUCGCCAGGGAACGUGUCCCCGAUAAGAACGUCACUAUCAUGCCACCUGGCUCGGGCGCUUGGCCUUGGCAGGUCUGGUACCUUGACAACAUGAAUGCCCACAACCAAGCUUCCCAGGUGGCAGUUGGCAUCAUCAGUCGCGCGCCUUCUUAUAAUAGUGUACCACCGGACCGCCCGGAUGAUAUCAUGGUUGAACUUGUCUGUGUGCAGGCUCCUUCUAGUGGAUCUUCCAAGAGCACUCACGAUUAA